AGCUGCUUCCCUCUCCACCUGCCGAGCGAGCUCCGCGCCAUGGGCCGCUGCAGGCUGGGGGGCGGCGGAGCCGAGCCCCGCUGAGCCCGCCGGGCCGGCCAUGGGCGACCGCGAGCGCAACAAGAAGCGGCUGCUGGAACUGCUGCAGGCGGCGGGCACCGGCAACGCGCACUGCGCCGACUGCGGAGCGGCGGAUCCCGACUGGGCCUCCUACAAGCUGGGUAUUUUCAUCUGUCUCAACUGCUCCGGCGUCCACCGCAACUUCCCAGACAUCAGCAAAGUUAAAUCCGUGAGACUUGACUUCUGGGACGACAGUACUGUGGAGUUUAUGAGCCACAAUGGGAACCUCCGUGUGAAGGCCAAGUAUGAAGCCAGAGUCCCUGCUUUCUACUAUGUCCCCCAAGCCAACGACUGCCUAGUGUUAAAGGAACAGUGGAUUCGAGCUAAGUAUGAAAGACAGGAAUUUAUGGCCGAUGGGAAAACCAUGUCAUCCCCAGGUAACCGAGAAGGGUUCCUGUGGAAGCGAGGGAGGGACAAUGCUCAGUUCCUGAGGAGGAAGUUUGUCCUGCUGGCAAGAGAAGGCCUCCUGAAGUACUAUACGAAAGAAGAGGGUAAAGGCCCCAAAGCUGUCAUCAGCAUCAAGGACUUGAAUGCUACCUUCGAAACAGAGAAGAUAGGGAACCCCCAUGGUCUGCAGAUCACCUACAGGAGAGAGGGCCACAUCAGAAACCUCUUCGUGUACCAUGAGAGUGGGAAGGAGAUAGUGGACUGGUUCAAUGCCCUCCGUGCAGCCCGUCUGCAAUACCUAAAAACGGCCUUUCCUGAGCUCCCAGAGUCUGAGCUCGUGCCCCUCAUCACCAGGAACUACCUCAAACAAGGCUUCAUGGAAAAGACUGGUCCAAAGCAAAGAGAACCUUUCAAGAAAAGAUGGUUUGCUCUGGAUCCCCAGGAGCGGAGGCUGCUGUAUUACAAGAACCCACUGGAUGCCUUUGAACAGGGCCAGGUCUUCUUGGGGAGCAACGAGCAGGGGUAUGGAGUCUAUGAAGACCUGCCCAAGGGCAUCCGGGGGAACCGCUGGAAAGCCGGCCUCACCAUCAUCACCCCGGAGCGGAGAUUCGUCUUCACCUGCCCCAGCGAGAAAGAGCAGCGGGAGUGGCUGGAGAGUUUUCGGGAUGUCCUCUCUCGCCCCUUGACGCCCCUCAACCUCCUCCGAUUGCAUUGGCAUGGUUAUCACCUCAGCUCUCUUCUUGCUCCCCUGGCAGCUGCAUCAUCAGAGAGUGGCCACAGCAGCAGGUGACUCGUUGGCUGAGGAGCUGGCCACUGGUCACCUGGAGCUCAUGGGAAGAAGGACAAGCUGUCACCUAGGCCUUCGGUGCCCAGCAGAAGUGCCCCGAGGUCAGCAGACAUGGCUGGCCAUGAACUCUGCCAAGACUGAAGCUUUGGCCUUUACUUACUGGCUCCCUGGGCCUUCCCUCUGCCCUGAGGGUCUUGGGGAUCUGGUACCUGUCAUCAAGGCUCUGGAGAUCUGAGAUGAAGGCGCUGCAAUGGAAAGCCACCCACCAUGUCAUGCAAGUGGCAUGUUUGCUCAAAGAGAAAAAAAGGUUGAUUCUGAAUCUAACCAUGAGGGAAUAAUCAGACAAAUCCACAUUAGGGACAUUCUGUAAAACAGCUGGCCUGCACUCCUCAAGUGUCAGGAUCAUGAAAGAUAAAGUCACGAGGAAACUUACCUAGAUAAAAGAAGACGAAGGGAGGCAACAAGGUGCAAUUCAUGAUUCUUGGUGGAUCCUGGAUUUUUACACUUUAUUUUAUUUUUUAAGAUUUUUAUUUUUAAGUAAUCUCUACACCCAAUGCAAGGCUUAAACUCAUGACCCCAAGAUCAAGGGUCACAUGCUCCAGCAACUGAGCCAGCCAGGCAACCCUGGAUUCUAGGUUUUUAAAAAACAGCUAUAAAAGACCUAAUUGAGAUACCUGGGGCAGUUUGAAUAUGGAUGUAUAUUAGCUAAUCAUGAUGUGAGACUGAUAAUUAUGUUAUAUUUGUGUAGGAGAUUGCUCUUGUUCUUAAUGAACACGUGCUAAAAAGUUCAGGGGUAAAAUGUAAUAAUCUUUAGUCUACAACUGACUCUUACAUGGGUCAGCAAAGAAUAAGUGUGUUUGUACAUGUAUAUAUAGAAAAUAUAUACAUAUAUAUAGUGUGUGUAUGUGUAUAUAUGGAAGACAGGAAGUGUAUAUAUAUAUAUAUAUAUAUAUAUAUAUAUAUAUAUAUACACACACACACACAGGGAGAGAGAGAAAGCAAGCCACAGUGCAAAAUGUUAGCAACUGAAGAAUCUACAGGAAGUAUAGAUGGGUCUUUAUUGUCCUGUUGGUGCAAAUUUUCUAGUGACUCAAAAGUGUUCAAACUAAAAAGCUGGAAGCUGGGGAAAUUUUUAAAGAAACAUCCACUCUCAGCCUUCAAAAGCAGUGUGUUUUCAAUAUGAAUCAAGAUAGUUCCUGACAGUUCAUGUUAGAAGAAAUGAAAACCUAGAGAAUACAAAAAAAAAAACAAUGUCUGAACUGAUGAUCGUCAUACUCCGGAAAGAAAGAAGCAAGCCGAGGAGGUGGCUGUGCUGGACCCUAAGACACAGCUGUCCAAUCUGCGUGUCAGCUGUGGCCCUGCCACUGACUUGAAAUUGUUGAAAACCUCACUUUCCCACUGACAUGCCUUGGCUUUUCUCUUUUACUUAAGGAAGUUGUGCUAACUAUUGAAAUCCAAUGGAAGCAAUAAGUAUUUUUGAGCAUCUCCUAGGUGCCAGGCUCUGGGCUAAGCCUUGGGAAUAGGACAGGAAUCACAUGAUCCCUGCUGUCACAGAUCCCAGGCUGCUACAAGUCAACUCUUACACAGGGUGGGACGAUGCCACGAGUGUUCAGAACAGGAAGUACAAGCUCCUUGGGGAGCAUGCAACAUAGGGUUUCCCCUAACUGAGGGUCGGGGGAUAGGAAGGCCUCUGUCCUCUCCAGAAAGUGACGUUGAAAUAGAAACCUUAAAGAUAUUUAGAGGUUACUCAAAGGGAAGAGGGUGAGGAAGACACUUGUCUCAGGGAAGUAAAUGUUCAAAGGCCUUUGGAUGGGAAAGAGGAACUGAUAGAAAUCGGGAAGGGCUGACGUGUUAGAGAAACAGAUCACCGAGGUCUCUGCUCUGUGAUUCUUUGUCUUUCAUGUGAUGUGCAGAGGAACAUUUGGUGUUCUCUCUUCAUUUUGGUGGAGACGGAAAGGGUUGGGAGGGUGUUUACUAGAGUUGCUGCUUUUUACAGUGUUUUCCUAUGGAUCCCCCCAGAGGACAAGCAGUGUUAUUGGAGUGUCUUUUCGGAGGCUUCUUGACAGCCCAGAGGAAGAUGUGGGUGCUUCCUCUUUUGGCUCCUGAAGCACCUUGAAAAUGUCUGUUUCAAUACCUGCUGGGUUCAAUACCUAAGGGUCAGUUGACUCACCUGCCUUUUUUACUACCCAUGAGCGAUGCCUAGAGAGGAAGAAAGAAGUAAACAGGCAGUAAGAAAGCUACUUGGUAUUAAGAAGGAAAGUCACAUGAUCAGAUUCCAAACUUAGGAAAAGAAGGCAGCAAUGUAGAGUAUGAGAAGGAAGCAGAGAGAUCAGUUGGGAGGCCAUUGCAUAAAUCACAAGCACCAUCGUAAUGCCUAGUUGUGGGCUUGUGUCUGAGGGCGCACACCAGCUCUAUUUCCCGUCUCUUCUUUCUUAAACAUCCUCCUCUUGUUCAGACAGAAAAGCCAUACCUCUUACCCACCUUCAACCUUACUAGAGUAUAUUGCUCCAAGGCAUAAAAAUCUUUAUUUGGGAUGCCAAAUAAAGAGAUCUUUUGAAAUAAGAGUGACAAGCCUUCUUUUUAAAUUUUAUUUUUUAUAUCACUCUAUAAUUGACUUUUUUUUACUGUUCUGUAAGUCUUAAUACAACAGGAUUCAUGUAAUUAUCACCACAAUCAGAAUAAAGAAUGGUUACAUCGCGUCAAACAUUCCCUAGUGCUACCUCUUUAUAGCCACACCCUUCCCCUGCUACCUGCCAAUCACAAAUCUGUUCUUCAUCAGUCCAGAUUUGUAUUUUUGAAGAUGUCUUAUAAAUGGAAUCAUUCAAUAUGUAAUUUUUGAAACUGGCUUCUUUCAGUAUAAUGCCUUCGAGAUUCAUCCAAGCCACUGCAUGUAUCAAUAAUUCUUAUUGCUGAGUAGUAUUGCGUUAUAUGGAUGUACCACAGUUUGUUUAUCCCAUGGAAUAGUACUCAGCAAUAAAAAGGAAUGAAUUAUUAAUACAUGCAACAAUAUCCAGGAGUGGCACUGUUGAGUUUAUGGUAGGUGUAUGUUUAACUUUAUAACAAACCAUCAAACUGUUUUCCAGAGAGGCUGGACUAUUUCGCAUUUCCACUAAUGAUAUAUGAGAAUCCUAGUUACUCUGCCCAGAAGUCCAGUGUACCAUCCAUUGUGCCACAGAGCCAGGAAGAGAGUUCCAUUUACUCUGCAUCAUCACCAGCACUUGGUAUUGUCAGUACUCUUAAUUUUAACAGUCCUAAUAAAUGUGUAGUGGUUUUC